AUGACAAGUAAAAGCAAUACAGUUAGUGGUACCAAUGGCGUAUCUAUGUCGUCGAUGUCAGGAGCACAGUUUUUCAACUAUAUAGAUGACGACGAUGAGGAGAAUGAAGGUGGUUGGGAUAAUUUGUUUGCUGCCAAAGAUAACGAUGAUGAUGAACAACAACAAGCAAACGCAUAUCAAUACCAAGUAAUGAGAGAUUGUAUCAUCUUUCUUAUUGACACCUCAAAGGCAAUGUUUGAGCCAGACCCUGUUACAAAGGAGAAACCAUUCGAUAAUGCCAUUAAAUGUUUAAUACAAACGAUCACCGAUAAGAUUAUAACAAGUGAUAGUGAUCUUAUUGGUUUAUGUUUAUACAAUACUGACAAGAAUAAGAAUCUAAAUGAUUUUGAAAAUAUUUAUGUAUUAUUUGACUUGGAUAUACCCGAUCCAAAAACAAUUCUGUUGUUAGAAGAUAUUCUGGAGGGUGAUUAUAGUUCUUUCGGUGGUUACACUGAAAAUAAAGAUAUGGUGUUUUGUGAUGCACUUUGGACUUGUUCUACAAUGUUUUCGAAUUGUAAUAUAAAACUAUCACAUAAACGUAUAUUUUUAUUUACAAAUCAAGAUCAACCAACACAAGACAAUGAUAAUCAAAAGGUAAUUGCAAUUCAGAGAGCAAAGGAUUUAUCUGAUUUAGGUAUUGAAAUUGAACUAUUUUCAAUGAACAAUGCUCUUUCCGAUCAUCCAUUCGAUUUCUCAUUGUUCUACCAAGAGAUUAUCAUUUUGCAAGAUGACCAAAUCGUUGACCAAGAUUUUAGUUCCGCUUCUAGAUUCUCACAGCUCUUCUCAAAGUUGAAGCGUAAACAGUUUAAGAAGCGAUCAUUAGGUCAACUACCGAUGUAUAUUGGCAAGGAUGUCGUUAUCGGAACACAAUUGUAUAGUUUGGUAUCGGCUGCCACAAGAUCGUCACCAACUAUGCUCGAUCCAGCAAGCAAUCUACCGAUAAAGACACUCACCAAAAAUAUUUGCAUGUCAAGUGGCACCACUCUUUUGCCGUCACAGAUUGCUUAUUGUAUGUACUACGGUGGUGAACCGGUUGUCUUUGAGAAGAGAGAGGUAGACUCUAUCCGUUCGUUAGACCGUGUCGGUUUAACACUGCUUGGAUUCAAACCGAGUAAGGCAGCACUCAAAAGACAUCGAUUAGUCAAACACUCCAACUUUUUGUUUCCAGACGAGAAAUCUAUCACUGGAUCUACACGUGCACUCAAUGCACUGCUCGAUGCAAUGCUAUCGAGUGAUCGGGUUGCGAUUGCCAAAUUCCUGCCUCGUUCAAACACCUCUCCAAGAAUGGUUGCUCUCGUCCCACAAGAGGAGGACGAAGAUCUUCGAAUGCCACGUGGAUUCCAUAUCAUCUAUUUGCCGUAUGCCGACGAUAUUCGUGCGAUCCAAGUGGAGCAGAGCGAGUCUACAGCAACAACAAACCAGAUCGAUUGUGCGAAACAAGUGAUCAAAGCAUAUCAUAUCGAUUAUAAUCCAGCCGACUUUCUCAAUCCAGCACUACAGAAACACUAUGCCAAUCUUCAAGCGCUUGCUUUAGAGCGUGACUCUGUAGCGCCAACCACCGACAAUACAAAACCAAACAAAGAUAAACAAGAUGAAAAUCAAGAUCUCGUCAAACAAUGGGAGGAUUCGGUAUACUCUAGUGAUUAUGUACAACAACUCAACCAAUCAAAGAAAAGAGAUCGUGAGAAUAAGAAUGCACUUGCCAAACUCGAUUGGGAGAAACUCGCAGAGAAUGGUGGAAUCGUGAAGCUAACAGUUGCAGAUUUGAAUGAAUUCCUCAAGAACCAAGGUCAGAAAACACCAACCAAAGCAAAGAAGGCUGAUUUAGUUGAGGUGGCAACUGCAUAUAUCAAAGAAGGAAAGCUCGAUAAAAAGAAAUUGGAUCUUUUGAAAUCGGACGAUGCCGAAACAGCUCUCUACAAUGAUAGAGAUAAUGAUGAAGAUGAAAAGAAUAGACCAAAGAAAAAGACAAAAUCAUCGUCAUCAGCAGCGGCAACAACAACAACUACAACUACCACCACAACAAGAAAGAAAGCAAGUAAAGCAAAAACAACCAAAAAGACAACAAAAAAGAGUGAUGAAAUUAUGGAUGUUGAUGAUGAUGACGAUGUAAUGUUUGCUGUAAACAGUGACGAUGACGACAAUUUCACCAUGCCUACUAAACCAAUCACAAGAUCACAGAGUGAUCCGCUCGGAUUAGGAAAUGUAAAACCAAUUUGUAAAUAUGAUGGUAAAUGUUAUCGUAAAAACCCAGAUCAUUUAGAACAAUUUAGGCAUACAAAACAGUAA